AUGGCGGCUAUGUUGCCAACCAUGAUUGGUCUGAACGAGGCAACUCAGGGGACGCGCGAUCAGGAGGAGAAUCGACGAACCACAGAGCGCAAACAGCGCUGUCAUCUAGUGGCCACCUGUUCUCAUACUCAGGGGACUCCCGAACUACGACAACAGGUCCAGAAUGCAAAGGUCUAUGUGGGUCUGGACGGCAAAUUGCUCAAUGUUUCGAAAGCACGAGCGAGGAGACGAGGCAUCCCGGCCGUCUAUUUGUAA